AUCAGAGCACUGAGAAUUUCAGGUGGAGUAUGUUGAAGUAGACUCAGUUUCUUUGCAUCAUUUCUGCUUUCAAUUUUAAAAUUCUUUCAUAACCUUAUUGAGAGUUUUUUAACAAGAGUAACAUGGCUCGAGUGAACUGCCCAGCUCCAGUGAAAGUCACAUGCAAGAACCUGAGAUUUCUCAUUUCGCACAAUCCAACCAAUGCGACCUUAAACAAAUUUAGAGAGGAACUUAAGAAGUAUGGAUUUACCACAAUAUUAAGAGUGUGUGAAGCAACUUAUGACACUACUCUUAUAGAGAAAGAAGGCAUCCAUAUUCUCGAUUGGCCUUUUGAUGAUGGUGUACCACCAUCCAGCCAGAUUGUUGAUGACUGGUUAAGUUUUGUAAAAAUCAAGUUCUGUGAAGAACCUGGUUGUUGUAUGGCUGUUCGUUGUGUUGCAGGCCUUGGGAGAACUCCAGUGCUUGUUGUCCUAGCAUUAAUUGAAGGUGAAAUGAAAUACGAAGAUGCGGUACACUUCAUAAGACAAAAGCGGUGUGGAGCUUUUAACAGCCAGCAACUUUUGUAUUUGGAGAAGUAUCGUCCUAAAAUGCAGCUGCGCUUCAAAGACUCCACUGAUCAUAGAAACAACUGUGGCAUUCAAUAAAACUGGGGUGCCUGA